AUGGCCGAGAAUGACGAAGUUUCCCUGAUGAAGCUAUAUCAAGACUUGAUUAGUAGUCCACCAGGUGCUACUUGGAGUACAAAGCUUCAGAACUACUGCGAGAUCUUCUGGACUAGAGUUGAGCGCGAACCGAUCCCUCCUCCCGAUCUUGUCGACGAGUUUAUCAAGCUACUACGAAAUGAUGACAAUCUCCUCCUUGCUCGACUAGUCAUCCCGGAUCUUCGAAUAGCCAUCGAGCCCCCUGACAACCCCAUUAAACUCAAGAUCCUCGGCCACAUCGACCCGAAUCGCUCGUCAAUCCGGCUACUCGGUGCCCGUACUCAGCAGUACGACACCGAAGAACACACCCAUUUUCUUGAAGAACGGCAGCUGCUACUAGAGGCAGAGCUGUAUCGGGCGAGUCUCUUACUAUACGGCCACAGCAAUAUAAACGAAGCGCAGAAAAAGAGGCUGCAGGAGUGGCUUGCAGCCUAUCCAGCCGAGUCAACGGUUGAUCUUCCUUCGUUGAGGUAG